CAACGUUAAGCGCUCGAGUUUCGCUUCUUUAAAAGUGAGAGGAAAAGAAUAUUAUGGACAUGAAUACAACCUCAAAGCCCGAUUCUACGGACAGAACGAGUGACGACAGUAUUUCCGCCUUGGACAUUGCACUAGUGAUACUAAACGUUUCUACCAGCCCUUUCAUAAUUGUUACAAAUAGCGUGGUUUUAGUCGCCAUCUGGAAAACAAGCUCUUUACACACUCCUGGCAACAUGCUAAUGUGCAACCUCGCUGUCUCGGACUUAGCAGUUGGGUUACUGAUCCAACCUCUGUUUAUCCUCAGCACCUUAAAGAGGUUGGUUGUUAACGAUGAUAUAUUAUCUUCCGUCUCUAAGACAAAAGACAUUGCAGGCCUCUGUCUCUGUGGUGUGUCCUUCCUCACCGUCACAGCCAUCAGCCUGGAUAGGAUGAUUGCUCUAAAAUUUCACCUACGGUACAACAGUCUUGUCACCAUGAACAAAACAGCUCUUGCAAUUGCUGUGAUGUGGACGGUGUCUGGUUUCUCCUCCAGUGCGAAACUGUUGAAGGCGCAUGCUUUGUAUCCAUUCUUUGGUCUUAUCAUAGUGUCUUGUCUUGUUGCCAAUUUCUUUGCGUAUUUUGAGGUUUAUAGAGUAGUUAUUCGACAUCGGGGACAAAUUCACUCCCAGAUGCAAGUUAUGUCGGCCAAUGCAGGCCAAGGGAUGCGCUUCAAACAGCUCAGAAGAUCUGCCGUGACCAUAUUUUAUGUGUACUGUCUUUUCCUUCUUUGUUAUCUUCCCUACAUUGCAACACUUGUCGCUGAUGUUUUCGUACGAACAAGCUUCGGCAAGUAUUAUGCAGUCCCUAGUACAAUUGUUUUUCUCAAUUCUGCCCUCAACCCUGUGAUGUAUUUUUGGCGUAAGUCUAACAUACGACAAGCGGUAAAGCGGAUUCUGAAAUUUAGAACCCCUUGAGCAAGGUGGAACGCAACCAAACAUCUCUUUUUAACGAGGGUUGUAUACCAUGUGUUAUGUUAUAUGUUAUGCAGUCGGUUAUUUAACCAUUUAACCAUUAUAUCCAUUAGCCUCCCUAUUGCUUUUUCAGUAACAACGUUUAAGGUAACAUAAAUCUCUUUCUUGAUGUUUAGCAGUCGUGUGAACGAUCUGUGAGCCACCCCAAAACUCGCAUAAACGGAAAUAUUAAACCUCUUCACUGAGAAGUAUGGACAGAGCCCUUAUGCCUUUGAACUCUCAAAGUGACUAACGUCUGAUUUUUCCUCACAAUAUCACCCCUGAAUCACAAUUAUUAUCGCGAAAAUCUGGGAAGGGAUAUUCCCCCCCCCUCUAAGCAUUUCGUCGGGUGAUAGUUUGCUGGUACACAUUUACACCCCUGGAUCGAGAGAGGCGCUCUGAACGAAUUCAAAGUGACUGAAGCACCAGAAAACAUCCCAGUGACCCGACCAGGACUUGUAAAAAUACUUCAUAAGAUAUGAAAUAUACUUAAUGCUAGAAUCCUAUUGUAAUA